GCACUUGAUAUGAUAUGAUAUGAUGUUAUCAAAAUCUAAACCAUGCAACCACCCAUCCAUACAAGCAAUCUCUUUUCAAUAAAUUUCGAAACCUUCUCCCCCACAUUACUCAACAACACAUUCUCUACCACAUUUUUCUUCCAAACCAACAAUACCUAAAUCUUCAACAACGAGUAAAAACAAAUCACCAUGUUUCAAGAAGUUUCAUCUUAUUUUCUUUUCGGUCUACUGAAGAACAGUUGUGUGCAUACAAUUAAUUUCAAUUGCUUCUUCAACAAAAUAGUUUUGGAUGAUGGUGAACAAAUUUUUAUUACAACUACUUUCUCCUCUCAUUUCAAACAAUGGGACCCGGGAAGAGAAAAAAAAGCAUUACUCACCUCAACUGUGAUUUCAUUGAUUAAUGAGGGGUCUGACAUUCACGUAGUUGUUCCAAAUACGUGCAUGGCCGCUUACAAUGACAAGUUUGAGGUGGACAACACGUACACUGUCUCCAACUUUGCAGUGCAGCCAAAUAACUUGGUUUUUAAACCAAGCACUCACAAGUUCUUGGUGAAGUUCACAGGAGGAACUUCUGUGAAUGAUGUCAACAAACACGACAUACCCCCCAUGCAACGCACUUUCACCAGUUUCCCUGAUAUUAUGACCGGCAAGUUUAAGAAGGAUGUGCUGAUCGACGUUAUUGGCGUGGUCGAUGCUAUUGGAUAUCAACAAACUCAAAGUGGUGGAAAAAAAAUGCAGGUCAAUUUUGUACUGAGGGAUGCAGCCAACAACACAAUGAACUGUACCCUCUGGGAGGACUAUGCCAAACAGUUUUUCAAGUUUCACGAGGAAAAUCCAACAACCUCUGGACCAACUGUGAUUUUGCUUAGCUAUGCAAAAGUUAAGGAACAGGGCCAAUACCCGCUAUCGGUUACAAAUACAUUCCAUGUUACAAAACUCCAGAUCAAUCUAGAUUUGCCUUCUGUUAAAGACUUCGUAAAUGGUUUCUCAAAGGAAGCUUUGCGUACCGUCUCAAGCCAACUCAACUCACACUCUCAGUAAUACUCGCGCAACUCGAUUUCUGAGAAUGUUAGACAGAGUGACACUCAAAAGCUGCUUAAUAAGGCUGUUGCUCUGCCUCUGAGUCAGCUUAAACAACUGCGGAGGACACUUUCUGUGCUACUGUUGCAAAGACAAGGAAACUCAUUGCUUCUUCCUAUGGAUGGUACUACCGGUGCUGCCAUGCAUGCACCAAAGCUGCACGCGGUGAUAAACCUCCAUACGAAUGUGAUAAUCACCAUU